UUUCGACUUUGAUUUAUUUCUUAGUUCUGCGGGAGAUUAAUUAAAUGGAACACCAGGGAAGAGCUUACAGAGGUGUGCGUCAAAGAAAAUGGGGGAAAUGGGUGUCUGAAAUCCGGGAGCCGGGGAAGAAGACCCGAAUAUGGCUCGGAAGCUACGAGACAGCCGAAAUGGCAGCGGCUGCCUAUGACGUGGCCGCACUACACUUCCGUGGUCGAGCUGCUCGGCUUAACUUUCCGGAGCUUGUCGAUAGCCUUCCACGUCCUGCUAGCUCCACCGCGGAAGACGUUCAAAUGGCAGCUCAAGAGGCGGCACUGAGGCUCGGUCGAAGACCCAAGUUGAACUCGGAAGUGGGUUCGGAGGUAGCUGGCGGGAGCCUUGGUCCAAUAAGGACCGGACUUUCACCGAGCCAAAUUCAAGCUAUCAAUGAGUUCCCACUGGAUUCUCCCAAGAUGUGGAUGGAACUGGCUGGUGCACUUUUGUUGGCUGAUCCAAUCAUGUGUUGGGGCGAUGAUGCCGAGUUCACGACUGAAUAUGAAGAAAUUCUGGUUGACCCUAUUUGGGAUUAAAUAUUUUUUACCACACGGAUUCGUCAUUGAUAUACUGUUGGUUAAGUCUUUCAAUUUAAUUUCAUGAGUAAAUUAAAAAAAUUUACUCGUUGAAUUUAAAAACGGACUCACAGUAUAUCAAGUCAAAUAAAAUUCCUGCAUACACACCCCUUUUUUAACGAGGGGAAAUUAUACAAAAACUGUGCCUCCUAUCAAGCUAGGUGACAAUGCUUGCAACUUGCAAGAAGCAUAAUCAUAUUGCAUAAAGUAAUUAAUUAAUCAAAAUUUCAUAACAAGGAUGACAUUUAAGAGGUUUGUUUAGGAUUUGGGUUCUAGUAACUUUUUUUUUUCCUUUUUUAGUUUUAGAUUGUGAGUAUAUAUGAACAUAUGUGGUGGGAGAGGCUUCGGUAUUAAGUUGAUAAGAACUUUAAGUAUGUAUUAUUUGUAAUUGGUGUUUCGGUAGAAGAAUUGAAGGAUGUAAUAAAUAUUUUCUUGUUUAGUUUGGAAUGUAGAUCAGUUCCCUUA